GGCGGCGCCUCCUCCCACAAGCGCAACAGCCCGGUGGACCCCUACGCCGAUGCCACGGCACCCCGUGGGGGUCAGUCGGGGGACCCCGACCGGGAAGCCUCGCAGUCCAAGCGACUGCGACCCUCCCAGCCGGACCGCAAGGUGUUGCCUGCCUCGUACGAGGAGGCUGACCCGCGGGAUCUGGUCGUCUUGAUCUCCAGCAUGCUCAUGGAACUGAUCCAGUUCAAUGACAAGAUCCCCCUCCACCAGGGCCGUCUGACGCGCUUCCACUCCCGCUCGCCGCCCCGCAUCUCCGUGAAGGAUUACUUACAGCGUCUGACCACUCACGCCACCCUGUCGCCCCCGAUCCUGCUGAGCAUGGUCUACUACAUCGACCGGCUCUGUGCGCUGUAUCCGGCCUUCACCGUCUCCAGCCUGACCAUCCAUCGCUUCCUCAUCGCCAGUGCCACUGUGGCUAGUAAAGGCCUGAGCGACAGCUUUUGGACCAACAAGACCUACUCCCGGGUUGGCGGUAUCAGCAUGAACGAGCUGGCUCUCCUCGAGCUGGAAUUCCUCUUCCGCGUCGAGUGGCGGAUCGUACCCCAGCCCGAGGUUUUGGUAGAUUAUUACCAGAGCUUAGUAGAGCGAUGCGAUGGGUAUGAGAUCCAGCGCGAUUCGUGAUGGUUCAGGUUCACCGACUAGAUAUCGACAGAUACAGGCAUGGUGUUGUAGAUAGGUGGUGUUUGUCUACUCUUUUUAUAUCCCUCCAUUUUCAUCUGUAUAGUUCCGCCAUUAUAUCCGGCGUUUCCGCUCUUACCGAGCUUCCUUUAUCUGAUUCUGUCUACUCAUGAUUCUGUCUACUCAAAAUUCCAUGGCGUCGUGGUCGA